AGCCUGACCUCACUUUUAUGUGUUUUUUUCCUUUUAGAAAGAUCAACAGAAAUUGGCAAACUUCUGAGUUCUUACUUGGAAAAGAAAAGUGAGGUGGAGGAUCACUCAGUGCACCUGCUUUUCUCUGCGAACCGCUGGGAACAAGUGCCGUUGAUUAAGGAGAAGCUGGGCCAGGGCGUCACCUUGGUCGUGGACAGAUAUGCAUUUUCUGGUGUCGCCUUCACCAGCGCCAAAGAGAACUUCUCCCUGGAUUGGUGCAAGCAGCCCGACGUAGGCCUUCCCAAACCGGACCUGGUCGUGUUCCUCCAGCUGCGCCUGGCGGAGGCGGCCGCGCGCGGCGAGUUUGGCCGGGAGCGCUACGAGGACCGCGCCUUCCAGGAGCAGGUGCUGCGGCGCUUCCACCAGCUCCGGAGCGACACCUCCCUGAACUGGAAGAUGGUGGACGCCUCCAGAAGCAUCGAAGAGGUCCACCAGGAAAUCUGCACGCUAUCCAAGGACACCAUCCAGGCCGCCGCACAGAGGCCGCUGGGGGAGCUGUGGAAAUAGAGGGAGUGUCCCCCCCGUCGGCCUUCAAGGCAGGAGCAAUGUGCAGAGCGCAGGGGCUGUGUGCAGGGCGCGGGGGCUGCACACAAGCCCAUGGCAGGCAGAGCAGGACUCCACAGGGGUGGGCCGUGCACUCAGCCUUCCUCCGCCCUCUCCUAGACCCUGAAGAUGCCAAUAAAAUAUUUUUCUUACUGAA